AUGACGUUUCACCAUUUCCGUCUUUGCAUGGCAGAAGUUCAGCUGUCUUGCUUCUCUCGUGCAAAAAUAUAGCGAAAAUAAUCAUAAUUAUUACUAUUUAUAUUCUUAAUUGUUAGUAUAUUGGCUAAUACUAGUUUUUGGAGGUAACAAGAACGUUGAAUUAGGCGCGUUCAACUUUCUUGUAAUAGGGUUUCGUAAGCGUUUGAGAAAUUAGACACGUCACGCAUCUGGAGAACGUCGUCGGGGCGUCGGCCGCCAUGGGCUUUAUUCGUUAAAAUACAAAAAAAGAGUAAUUUGUUCAUAAUAAUUUUGCUUUAAAAUAUAAUUUUCCUUUCGUUCAAUUCUGUCCAUAUUGUAUGCAAUAUGUGAUUUAUCCCCGUUUUUGGUGCUUUGAGGACUGACAAAAAAUGCCGCGAAUUGAUCCCCUUCAACUACUCAAUUGUCUCACGGUUCUUUUGAAUCCCAACGGCGGUAUUUUAUCAAAAAAUGAGGUCCAGAGGUUAGCAAGUUUAAUGACAAAGUUCUCUAAGAAAUUAGUGAGCAAGUGUGUGUAUAUCCUUAUAUUGAAGAGCACAGAAACGCAGCUUUUGGGGCAGUUUAUGCUCGAAGGAGGUUGGAAUUUAGUUCAUCUUUGGAUGCAAGAUGGAAUCAACAAUCAAAAUUGGCCUUUAGUGAAGGAACUUCUAGAACUUCUAUUGAUGGCCCCCACAGACAUUGAGCAGCUCAAAACCAAUAAUUUGCCCAAAUUGGUGAAAUCACUUACGAAAAGAGAUGACACAUACAACAUAUGUGAGCUUUCUAAUGAAUUGGUAGAAAAUUGGUUAAAAAUAGUUAAAGACAGUCAAAAUAAACCACUUUCCACAAUCCCCAAUAACAAUAUUUUAUCAACAAUCGGCGGAUUUGAAGAAUUAACAGGAGUGAGACCUCAACAAAUAGUUGAGAAUCAAGAAUCUGAGGAGAGUCCUGAAAAAAUAGAAACAUUAAAAAUAGUAACGGUGAAAAAAUCCGAUGACAAAUCACAAUCAGAGAGUUAUAAAAUAGCGUUAAGAGACGGAAAAGCAGUUUUAUGCAAAAUAUCAAAAGUUGAAUCGAAUGAAAAUGCUUCAAAAGAUUCAACUUCAAGUACGAGCGGGGAGGAAAGGAUAGAGGAUGUAAAAACGGAGUUGGAAGAUAAAAUUGAUGGGAAAAAGAAGGAAUCUUUAGAAAAGAAAGAAAAAUCAAAUCAUGAUAGGCAUAGAAGUAAAAGUAGUUCAAAAAGUAGUAGUAGUAGAAAAGAUAGGGAUAAAGAUAAAGAGAAAAGUAGAGAUAAAUCGAGUUCACAAAAAAGUUCUAGUUCUAGCUCAAAAGAUAGAAGUAAAAACGAUAAACAUAGAAGUAACGGUGUAAAGAGUAGCUCAAAAAGUUCUUCGAGUUCCAGUUCUAAAGAUAAGAAAGAUUCUAAAGAAAAACAAGCUGAAAAAGAUAAAGAUACAUUAACGAAAAUCCAACCUCAAGCUUUACAAAAAAUCGGCAGGAUACCGAAAAAAGAUGAAAAAUCAAAAGAUGAAACAAAAAAACCAACGUUUUCGAUUGAAGUUCGUAAAGGAACCGAAGAUAAACCAAAAACCGUUAAAGUUUAUAAAGCUAAAAUGCGAUCAACAGGUUUAUUAGACGAACCAAAACCACCCCCACCAAGAAUACCCAAAAAAACGGUCGCUCCAAUACCAGCAAACAUUCCACCACCGAAGAGGCCAUCACCAAUUAGAGAAACGAUUCCCCCACCAGAAAAGAAAUCAAGAUUAGACCCAUCAGAACGACCUGGAUCAAUAAAAUUAAUUCCUCCAAAACCCAAACCAGCCGUUUUACAAGAAAGCGACAUAUUCAUGGAUGCCUUAACUGCGUCGGCGAAUUCAAAGAAAGAACCCAAGAAAAGAAAACGAAGAGCAAGUGUAAGCAAAGAUACACCAUCCUCUCCGUCUGAAGAAACUCCUACAACUCCAACCACACCAACGACAUCACUAAUAACUCCUGCCAAUUUCUAUCAAGAUACUUUGAAUACAGAAAAUGGUGAUAAAGAGGGAAAAGAAGAUACAAAAGAUGAGGAUGGUUCUGCAACGCCAACGGACGCAGAAGAAAAAAUGGAUGUCACCGAAAAUAGGGAUCCCACAGAACUAAGAGGGGUUUUGGUGCAUGUAAAGAAAAAAGGACCAAAAAGAUCGAUUAGAUGGAAACCGGAUGCUGAGUUGGUGGAGGUGCAAUAUUUCGAAUUAGAUGAAACGGAAAGAAUAAAUGUGUAUAAAACAUUUGGUGAAAUGUCAAAAAUGGAAAUGUGCGGCGAAAGGCAAGCUUUACAAAUGUCGAGGAAUCGACAAAGUCUUCUUGACGACAACAUGGAACCAAAAACAGCUUGGAGACUUCUCAUCGAAAUUGAUGUAAAACCCGCUUUAGUUGAGCCAGGGUUAAAAAGUUUAGAAAAAGAUAUUCAAUUUGCAAGGGAAAAAACAACAAUUUCACUUCCUCCAUUUUUAAGAUUAACGGACACUCCAGCAGAACCCGACCCGGAAGUGCAUCAAAGGACAGAUCCUAUUCCAAUACCAUUAGAAGAUCCCGAAAAUGGCGAAUCUGCUGAUACGACGGUUCAACCGUGGCCAGAACCAAAAGGAUCACCCCCUCAUGUUCCCCAAGUUCCUCAAAUCUUCCCAAUGCAACAAACGUUUCCAAACUUUAACAUGCCAAAUCCUCCUCAACAAUUCCAAAAUCCACCGUUUACACCUAAUUUUAUGCCACCGAAUAUGAUGCAAGGAAACAUGAAUAUGGCAAUGAACGGGCCAAAUAUGAUGCCGAAUAUGCCACCGGAAAUGAUGAACCCACAAAAUAUGUUUGUUGGUCCAAAACCAGAUAACUUCAAUCAACCCGAAUUUAAUCAAUUCAAUCAAAAUCAAAAUAUGAUGUUUCCGCAAAAUAAUUUUAAUAUGAGAGGACGAGGUGGUUUUAGAGGACGAGGGGGAAUGGGAAACGGUCCUUGGGUAAGAAUGAAUGGACCUGGACCAGGAGCGUGGAAUCAACGAGGAGGUGGUGUAGGAAUGCCACCACGUGGUGCCCCUCCCGGAAGAAUCUGCAAAAACGUUCGUAAUCACGGCUACUGUAGAAACAGCAACAAUUGCCCUUUCUUUCAUCCUAAUUAAUUUCCUAUGGAAAUGUGGAGCUGUUGUGAUAUUGUGUUUAUUUAUUUUAUACUUCCAUUCUUUUUUCUUUCAUAGUGCAAAUAUACAGAAUUACAGACACUUGCAAUUUAUAAUAAUAAUUAAGCAAUUAAGCGAUAUCUGUAUAUAUAAUACUUGUAAAUUGAAAACUAUGUUUUUUUAAGCAUUUUUUAUUUUUAUGAUACAAUUAGCAUGGUAAAAUUUGUUUGUAAUAUACGCAAUUAAUGUUAAUAAACUUUAUGAUUAUAUAUUUUGAUAAGGAAGUCAUUUUGAUGGCAUUAAAGGACCCCUUUCAAUUUUAUAAAACAUUUCCUGUCCAAUAAAUAGUUAAAUGUAUCAUUAUAACAACGUGAAUAGACCUGGUAAGAUAUUUUUGUUUAACU